AUGGUCCACCCCUCCUCUGAUGGAGGUGACAAUGUCACCAACAGUUCUGGCAGCCCACAGCUCACCGAUGGAGUUCCACUGGCGGCUACAAAUGAAGGCGCUGAUAAUGCUGCUGCUGCUGCUGCUGACGUCGAUGUACCACCAGCAGAUGAGAUUCGACCGUACGAUCACCUGAUCAACGAGGAGGCGGACACUGAUCUCUUCAACAAGACCUUCCCGGGCGACGCUGCCAUCGAUGAUGAUGAUGAUGCUGACAUCAAAGCUACUGCAGCAGCAGCUGACACUACUGGCAAGCAUGCCGCUGAUAAAAGAACCGGCUUCGUCCACUUCGACAGCAACGUCGACCACUUCUGCCUGUGGGAUGAGAAGUACGAAGAGACUCCCAGACGAUACAGCCGUACACUGGAGCGAAUGAAGGAGCUGGAGCUGAUUGACCGUUGUCAACUGAUCGAGCCUCGACGAGCCACCGAAGCCGAGGUCCUUCUGGUCCACACGCCCGAGUACCUCGCGAAGGUCGCCUCCAUCACCAGCCUCAUCGACCCGGCUCGCCUGGAGGAGGAGUCCUCGAAGUUCGACGCCGUCUACUUCAACCCGAACACCUUGGAGGCGGCCUUUACAGCCGCCGGCAGCGCCAUAGAACUCGCCGAGGCGGUCUACACGGGCCAGGUUCGAAAUGGCUUUGCCCUGGUCCGCCCACCAGGGCACCACGCGAUGGCCGCCGAGGCCUGCGGCUACUGCGUCUUCAACAACGUCGCCAUAGCGGCGAAGGCGCUGCUUCAAAAAUUCGAAGCCAGCGGCCUCCAGCGAAUCCUCAUCGUCGACUGGGACGUCCACCAUGGGCAGGCCACCCAGCAAGCGUUUUACAACGACCCUCGCGUCCUCUACGCCUCCAUCCACCGCUACGAGCUGGGCGCCUUCUGGCCGGAGCUGAUAGAGUCGAACUACAAUUUCACCGGUGAGGGCGCCGGCCGGCGGUACAACGUCAACGUUCCGCUGAACGACACCGGCCUCUGCGAUUCCGACUACCUCGCCAUCUGGCACAACCUCCUCCUGCCGAUCUUCUACGAAUACAAUCCGCAGCUGGUGCUCGUCUCCGCCGGUUAUGAUGCUGGUGAUCCUCUUGGAGAGUACUGCCUCUCGCCGAACGCCUACGGCCAGAUGACGCACAUGUUGGGGGCGUUGGCCAAUGGGAGGAUGAUACUGACGUUGGAGGGAGGCUACUCCCUCAAGGCGAUUGCCGACUCUGCACUGGAGUGCAUCAAGGUGCUGCUUGGCGAGCCCCCGGGAGCGCUUUCUCUUUUUAAUGAUUCGGAGGAGAAAAAAUGUGAUGGUCCGGCUAGUCCUGCAAGCUCAACUGAUUCUGGCGGAAAUGAAAACAUCAGAAGCAACAGCUCCUCUUCAAUUCAACUCAACGAGUGCGCCAUUGAGACGCUGCGAAAUGUAAUUGGCUACCACAGCUCCCACUGGCCCUCACUCGCCCUCAACGUGGACAUUCCCGAGACCAAGCUGUAA